AUGGAAAUCAUGCGUCUGGAGAUGGAUAAUUUCCUGAUGCGUCUGGAACCACGAUUGCGCGAACGGCUAACUGCAUCGCUGCAGCAAGCACUCAUCGAAAGUCUGUUGGAUGGAACCGUUUUUGCAAUCGUC